CGCAGAAACAUAAGAUGGCUCUGUCCCGUGCCAUCUACUGCUCCUCUGUCCUCAUUGCCGCACUGCAGCUUGUUGUUCCUUUAUCUGCAGUAGUGCCUCAUGCUCUCUUCAUCUUUGGAGACUCCCUUGUCGACGCAGGCAACAAUGACUAUCUUGUGACCCUUUCCAAGGCCAAUGCGCCACCGUAUGGAGUCGAUUUCACAUUCUCUGGUGGUGAGCCAACCGGAAGGUUCACAAAUGGGAUGACCAUUGCAGAUAUCAUGGGUGAAGCCUUGGGGCAGAAAUCUCUGGCCCCACCCUACUUGGCCCCAAAUUCAAGUGCUGCGAUGGCGAGCAGUGGGAUCAACUAUGGCUCUGGUUCUUCUGGCAUAUUUGACGAUACUGGUUCUUUUUAUAUUGGAAGGAUUCCGCUACGACAGCAAAUUGACUACUUUGAAAAGACCAAGGCACAGAUACUGGAGAGCAUGGGCAAGGAAGCUGCAACAGAUUUCUUCAAGAAGGCGCUCUUCGUUAUAGCAGCAGGAUCCAAUGAUAUUCUGGAGUAUGUUUCACCUUCAGUGCCAUUCUUUGGACGAGAGAAGCCUGAACCUUCAUCCUUUCAGGAUGCACUGGCUUCCAAUCUGACAUUUUAUCUGAAGAGGCUGAAUGAACUGGGGGCUAGGAAGUUUGUUGUGUCCGAUGUCGGGCCGCUCGGCUGCAUACCAUACGUUCGUGCUCUGGAGUUCAUGCCUGCAGGGGAGUGUUCAGCGUCUGCAAAUCGAGUCACCGAAUGUUACAACAAGAAAUUGAAAAGGAUGGUCGAAAGGAUGAACCAGGAAACGGGUCCGGAGAGUAAAUUCGUCUACACGAACACGUACGACAUCGUGAUGGAGAUCAUUCAGAACUACCGGCAGUAUGGUUUCGACAACGCGCUGGACCCGUGCUGCGGCGGCAGCUUCCCUCCGUUCCUCUGCAUCGGCAUCGCAAACUCCAGCUCGUCGCUGUGCAGCGACCGCUCCAAGUCCGUGUUCUGGGACGCGUUCCACCCGACGGAGGCCGCCAACCUCAUCGUCGCCGGCAAGCUCCUCGACGGGGACGCCGCCGCGGCGUCCCCCAUCAACGUCCGCGAGCUGUUCCAGUACGAGCACAAGUGAUAUCGACGGUCUGGCACCUGACGCCGCCGUGCAAGCCGGUUCGGUGUUUCAGAGGCUCCUCCUUGCCGUACCCUCGUCUCCUUUGUUCGGUUUUCCGUAGGGCGUAGGUUUGGACUGGGCGCAAGUGCAAACACGGGCCAAUCGCGCGGUUCCAUGUGAUGCACGUCGUUAGCUUGAAGAGUGUGUGACCGUUGCUUUAUUUUCUCUAAACGCAGCUUCUUCUGCCUCUCUCUCCUUUUCUGAAUCGUGGAAAGAUUACUGACCAUAAGCAAGCGCAAAGAAAGAAACAGCCGCCUUCUCAGGCGAUCGAGUCGCUCUCGUUCAACGGCCCGGUAGCCGAACGCACGGUGCGUCGCCGUCGCAACUCGCAAGCCAGGACGACGACGAGUGCUAGUGCACAAGCCCGCGAUGCGCCAUAGAAAAUAGGAGAACGAGUGCAAGGCAGCGCGCACAUCCUGAUACAGUAUUACCAGCCUGACCAACAGCACGGCCGCCGCCGGUGCAGCUCACGCGGCGCGGGGCCGGCUAUAUAUGUGCACACGAAGCUUGGAGAACCGGCCGCGUGUCGGCUCUCCACCGUACCAGCAGCUGCUCCACCAUGGAGCCCGCGGCGGCCGCGGGGCAGCCAGAGAAGCCGCCGGACCACCCCGAAGCCGCGCGCGGCCGCGCUGACACGGCCGCCCUGCGGCGGGCGGCGUCGCCGUGGUCGUGGCUGUCAGCCGCGGCCGCGGGCCUCGUCGCGGUGGGGCUCGGCGGCGCGGCGCUGCUGGUGUGGUGGGCGCUGGCGUUCCACCCGGCGCACGCGCGGCUCUGGAUGGUGCCCGCGGGGCUCGUCCUCCUCGGCACGCCCAUCCUGGCCUGGCUCUCCCUCCUCGCCUCCGGCCCGUGCGGCCGCCACGCGGCGCCGCCGCGUAUACGUCAGCUUAGCUAGCUGCGCCUGCGCGCACUUUUUGCGUACGACCGAUUUCUCUCGCUCAGAGCUCAGUUGCUUCCGCACUUGCUUGUACGUAGAUGCUUGAUCAGAGCACCCUGUAGUUUUGUUCACAAUUUUGUAAUCGGAUGCACAUAUUUAAAUAUAUGUAUAUAUGUGUAUAACAUAAA